GUAAAUCGCCUGGCCACCACCUCAGCCUUCUCACGUAUUUUUCGCCGGAUCCCUUCUCCAAGUUCCGUCUUUAUUUCGUCGCCCACUACUGCCAUCUUGCAUACUGUCAACCAGGACUAUCGAAUGACUCUUCAACCCUUGUCUCUUGACACCAAGACAGGAUCAGGCUUGCAUGGGGCUGCUGCCAAUGGCAUAGUAGUUGGAUCCUCUUGGCAGGCUGAGCCUGAUGCAGAACAUGUCCAAAAAUCUGCUUUAACUGACCACCUGAUCACCUCACAGUCGAAGAGUCGGCCGGUUGUUGGAGAUUUUGAGCGAGCCAAAUCAGACAAUGAAACAAACAGACGGCAGAAUUCAUCCCCAAGUCUGUUGUACAACAGCCCCGAGAAAUUGUGUCCAUCUGCAAGCAAAGGUGAUGAGUCCAGAGUCAAAGAGAGCGAGAGACAAGAGAACAUUAAGGAUGAUAUAAGAGCUGAGUCUGAUGAGCAGAGCCUAUUAAAUGGAGAAUCAGUUGGCCUGGACGUUAUUGGGUCUUCUGAGCUCUCGGCGGCUUCCGAUUGUCACGAGGAUGCACUUGCUGUUAUGGCAUUGGAAAAAAGAAAACGGAAGCGAGAAGAGCAACACGAAGAGGCCUCUGGGACUAGGUGA